AUGGAGUGUGCAGUGAUUGGGAGCCUAGUGCAAGCGCAGGAUUGCCACUCACGGAUCCCAGCUAGCACAACAGCAACACAUUCCUGGGCAAUCUCCUCAUCACAAUGUAUGCCUGUUGUGGGAGCUUGGAGGAGGCAAGGGCAGUUUUUGAUGGCCUCAAUACCUUCUCCUGGAACGCAGUUGUGUCAGCAUACACAUGCCCAGUCUGGGGAUCUGGAAUCGGCCAAGCUCUUGUUUGAUCAAAUGUGGCCAAGGAACGUCAUCUCCUGGACUGCGAUCGUCGCGGACUACUCCCACUCCGGGCACAUCGCUGAGGCAGAGGCGAUCUUCCAGAGAAUGCUCCACGACACAAUCGUAGGGAACGCCAUGGUCACAGCAUAUGCCCAUCACUGGCAUUUGCGCGAAGCGUUCACUAUCUUCGACACCAUGCCGGUCAUGAACGAUUUCUCAUGGAAUUUGAUGCUCCAGGCAUUCACUGUGAACUCCAGCCCAGAGGACGCGCCACAUUUCUUCGAAUCUGUGUCUUGCCGGAACGUUGUGUCGUGGAACGCUUUACUCGCAGCAGUUGCCCAAAGAGGGCGCUUGGCGGAGGCCAGCAGGACUUUCGAGAUGAUGCCACAGCUGGAGCUCGCGUCGUGGAACACCAUUAUCACUGCGUUUGCAACACCGGCUAUCUCUCCAGCUGGCGAGCUCUUCGCAACGAUGCCCGAGUUUGAUAUCAUCUCCUGGAACACGCUCAUCGCUGGCUAUGCCGAGAAUGGCUCGUACAAGACCGCCGUGGAGCUCUUCCGGGAGCUCAACCUCGAGGGACCCAAGCCUACCGAGAGCACUUUCGUGGGUCUACUGAUAGGAUGCAACUGCGGAGAGCUCACGAGCACUUCGUGUCGAUGA